UAAUGAACCAUUUCGACAUUCCCUCCCUCCUUCAUUCACUCUCUUCAGCGCCUCCAUCCCAAAAAACCACAAAAUCUCAGAUCUCACUCAUCUCACCCCAUAACCCAAUUUUCCAAACCCUAGUUCCUCAAGAGUCCCCCAUUUUGAAGCCGAAUUGAGCUACAGGGAAUAUCAGCAUAUUGAGAUGAGGCCUUUGGAUGAAGCUGAAACCACUGCAGUGUUCGAAAAGUUGUUCAAGUUUACGGGCAACAAUCUAAAAAAUAUAGUUGAGAAUCCUUCUAAUGAAGGUCCAGACCCAAAUCCAGGUCGCUACUGCUUUCGUCUCAACAAGAACAAGGUCUACUAUGUCAGUGAUUCGCUCGUAAAGCGUGCAACAAACAUAGCUCGCGUCAAUUUAGUCUCUCUUGGAACUUGCAUAGGUAAGUUCACUCACGGUGGCAGCUUCCACCUAACGGUUCAGUGUUUGAGUUUACUGGCCUCAAAUGCCAAACACAAGGUCUGGCUCAAACCCACCUCUGAGAUGUCAUAUUUGUAUGGAAACCAUGUUCUGAAAGGUGGCUUGGGGAGGAUUACAGAAAAUAUUGUGCCCGGUGAUGGGGUGGUUGUGUUUUCAAUGUCAGAUAUUCCAUUGGGUUUUGGGAUUGCCGCCAAGUCUACCCAGGAUUGUAGGAAGUUGGACCCCAACGGAAUUGUGGUGCUUCAUCAGGCUGAUAUUGGAGAGUACUUGAGGAUGGAGGAUGACCUCUGAUUGAUUGGCAGCAUUUUACUGUGUUUGGUAUGUGUGUUGCUUGUAUGCACUUCUGCAGCUUAUUAUGUAAGUGGGUCUAUCUGAUGGAUAUUAGGUGAAGCUUUACUGGAUGUUGAUGAUUUUCUUAAGUUUUGGUUCUGUUAGGGAUUAUCAGUAGGUACAACAGGAGCUUCUUCUGUUAUAGAUCUUGAUGAUUUCCUUUCAAUUUUGGCCGUGGUUGUAGUUGCAGUUUUAGUUUUGUAUCAAGAAUACAUUAUGGUUUUCUUUGCAGCUCUGCGCCUGUUUUAUGUUGAUUUAACUUCAAUUUGUGGUUAUGGGGGCUUCAACUUUCA